AUGGGCGAGCUGACAACGGGGAAGCGGGUCUUCCUGAACUUCUUCGCGCCAUGGUGCGGCCACUGCAAAAGGCUCAAGCCGGCCUGGGAUAAGCUGAUGCAGGAGUACUCUGAGCACCCGAGCAUCCUGGUGGCCGAAGUGGACUGCGCCGGCGGCGGCAAGUCCAAGUGCGACGAGUGGGGCGUCGAGGGCACCCCCACUUUGAAGUAUGGGGAUCCCAACAAUCUGGAGGACUACAAGGGUGCUCGAGACCUGGAUGCCCUGCGCAACUUCACGGAGGAGAGCCUGGGGCCCAUCUGCAGCCCGGACCGGAUGGACCUCUGCGAUGAGGAGAAGAAGGAAAAGCUCGACGAGUUCAUGGCUAUGCCUAUGAGCGAGCUGAAGUUUAAGAUCAAGAAGCAGGAGGACCUCAUCGUUUCAGCCGAGAAGGAGCUGAAGGGCUUCUUCGAGAAGAUUCAGAGGAGAUACAAUGAAGCUGAGGUGGCCAAGGCGAAGAAGGAGAAGGCGAUCAAGGAUGCAGGGCUGGGCUUAAUGAAGGCCGUGCAGGCGUACAACCGCCAGCGCGCCUCCGGCGAUGCACAGGCCGGUGCCAAGGGCGGCGCUGCACAGCCGCGGGGCCACGAAGGCUUUGCGGAGCUGUGA